AUGGACGUCGUUGCGGCAGCCUCGGGGUACAUCUCCAAGAUGGUCACCGUGGGUGAGUCCGCAGGAGCGUCGUCAUCCAAGAUGAAGAUCUUGCUUCUUGAUAGUGAGACAGUUCCUAUUGUUUCGACCGCAAUUACCCAAUCCGCCCUCCUGAAUCAUGAGGUCUACCUCAUCGACCGUUUAGACAAUGCCGCGCGCGAGAAGAUGCGACAUCUACGAUGCCUGUGCUUUGUGCGCCCAUCACCCACCUCUAUCCAGUUUUUGAUCGACGAGCUUCGAGAACCCAAAUAUGGAGAAUAUUACAUCUAUCUUAGCAACAUUAUCCGCAAAUCCGCCCUCGAGCGGCUUGCCGAAGCGGACAGCCACGAGGUCGUCCAGUCGGUCCAGGAACAGUUCGCCGAUUUCCUCGUAAUCAACCCGGACCUCUGCUCUUUAGGGAUGGGUUUUCCAUUGCAACGGAUCUGGAGCCAUUCGCCGGACUUAUGGAAUCCGGAUUCACUACAAAGAGCCACCGAGGGGGUCCUAGCUCUGCUUCUCGCCUUAAAGAAAAAUCCACUUAUUCGCUACGAGAAGAACAGUCUAUUGGCCCGGAAAUUAGCGACGGAGGUCCGAUACCACAUCACGCAGGAGGAGCAGCUAUUUAACUUCCGCCGGACGGAUACACCGCCUAUCCUGCUCGUUCUUGACCGCCGCGAUGAUCCUAUCACCCCGUUGCUGACUCAAUGGACAUACCAGGCGAUGGUACACGAGAUGCUUGGCAUCAACAAUGGCCGCGUGGAUCUGCAGGAUGUGCCAGAUAUCCGACCAGAACUGAAAGAGGUUGUCUUGGCUCAGGACCAGGACCCAUUCUUCAAGAAGAAUAUGUAUCAGAACUUUGGUGAUCUGGGCCAGAACAUUAAAGAAUAUGUGGAGCAGUAUCAAACCAAAACUCAAAGCACUGCGAAUAUCGAAUCCAUUGCGGACAUGAAACGUUUUGUGGAGGAUUAUCCCGAAUUCCGCAAGCUGGCAGGUAAUGUCAGCAAGCAUGUUACCCUGGUGGGCGAACUCAGUCGGCGUGUCGGCGAGAAUACCCUCCUCGAUGUGAGCGAGUUGGAGCAGAGCCUGGCAUGCAAUGAUAACCACUCCAAUGAUCUUAGGUCACUACAACGAAUCAUCGCGCUGCCAAAUGUGCCCUCAGAUAAUAAGCUGCGUCUGGUGGCUCUCUACGCCCUUCGCUAUGAGAAGCAACCCAAUAACGCGCUGCCAAUUCUCCUUGAUCUUCUUGUCACAGCAGGCGAAGUCUCCUCUAACCGCGUAAAUAUUAUCCCCAAGCUCCUCGCCUAUCACCACUCCCUCCAAGCCCCACCAGUCGCAGCCGCUUCAAGGGCCUUAAAGGUGUUGAGAACGUCUACACACAACACUCUCCCCCGUCUGGAAGUUACUCUCCAGAAUCUCAUCAAAGGCCGCCUGAAGGAACUGCAAUACCCCUUCCUCGAGGGCAGCGGACACACGCGGGACAAGCCGCAAGACAUCAUCAUCUUUAUGGUUGGCGGCACCACGUAUGAGGAGGCCAAGAUGGUAGCGCAGGUCAAUGCCAGCUCCCCGGGAGUGCGAGUCGUUCUCGGCGGCACUUCAAUUCACAAUAGUGCCACCUUUUUGGAAGAGGUUGACGAUGCAGUGGGUAGUUGGCCCGAACCAGGACCCUCGACGGCUGCGGGACGGCUGCGACGGGAGGUGGGACGAUAA